AUGUUGAGAGUUAAGGCAAAAAUAACUUUUGAAGAUGCUAUUAAAAGUAAAGCUGACAAAGAUGAACUUGAUGCAACGAACAAAGUUUUGAAAUCUCAUAAACACAAUAUCUCCGACAUAAAUUCACUUCAAACUUCAUUAGACAGUAAAGCAGACAAAAAUCAUACACAUGAAUCCUUCACUACUGUUAGAGCAGACGACAUAAUAUUGAACUAUACCCUUGGUUCAAGUGCACCUUUAGAGAAUCCAAGUACAAGCGUAAAAGAUACACUAAACUCCUUAAAUAACAAAUGUAUAAAUAUCGAAGGUCAUGUCAGAAACUUUGAAACAUAUGAACUACCAGCAAUGUUAAAUAAAAAAGCAGAUAAAGAACAUACACAUAACUCCUUCUCAACUGUUGCUAUAGAAAGUAUUGAAGGAACGGUUGGCGGAACUGGUGGGGAUGCAUUAUAUUAUAAACCUCCUAACUUUCCACAAGGUUUAACAUCGAAUGAAAACAUAACAACGAAGAAAGACAUUAGCUGUAAAAAUGUUUAUGUCAUGGAUGAUGAAAAUAAUGUUAAAUUCACUGCUCAAGAUUUAUAUGAUAAGAAAGCAGACAAAACAGAGCUUCAAACAUUAAAGACUGAAAUACUUCAAACAUUAUAUCCUAUAGGCUCUAUUUAUACGUCAAUGAACUCAACAAAUCCAGCAAGUGUUUUAGGUUUUGGUACGUGGCAGCAGAUUGUAGAUAAAUUCUUAUACUGUGCUAACUCUUCAAAGCAAACAGGAGGCUCAAAGAAAAUUAAAGAAGCAAACUUACCUGCGCACACUCAUACAGGAACGACAAACUUUUCUGGCGACCAUAGCCACUCAUUAAGAGACCACCCAUUAUACAACUCAGACUAUAAAGCUGGCAAUGACGUUUUAUCUCCAUCUUAUAACAAUUCAGCAAAAAAGACUUUUCGACCAACUGAACCAGGAGGUAAUCAUACACAUACAUUUACAACAAAUCCAACAGGUUCGGGUGCAGAUUAUAUGCCACCUUAUAUGACAGUUUAUGCAUGGUACCGUCUUGAAUAA